AUGGGUCCUUCCAAAGUGUCACCAUCUGACUGCAACAGAGCUGUUCCUACCAGUACUCGAUCAGAAGGCCGAAGUACAGCAGAAAAUGAGACGUCUGGCACGACAUGGCUUGACGACUACGAGUACGUAAUCGUAGGCUCAGGGCCUGGCGGUGGUCCAGUUGCUGCCAGAUUAGCAAUCGCCGGGUUCAAAGUGUUAGCCAUCGAUGCUGGAGAUGAUCAAGGAUCGACGUAUCAGGAACAAGUACCGGCUUUGUCGCUGAAAUCCACAGAGUACGGGCCCAUGAAGUGGGAUUACUUUGUCAAUCACUAUCAAGAUGAAGCACGACAAGAAAAGGAUUCCAAAAUGACUUGGCAAACCCCCAGUGGAGAUCUAUUCGUUGGAAUUGGGGCACCAGCUGGUUCAGCACCACUCGGUAUUCUAUAUCCUCGUGCCGGCACACUUGGAGGAUGCUCCUCUCAUAACGCUCUCAUCACAGUAUUGCCGCACGAUAGUGAUUGGACUGACAUCGCAGAUAUCACUGGGGAUACUUCAUGGUCACCAGAUAACAUGAGAACAUACUUUGAGAAAUUGGAACGGAAUCGAUACCUUCCAAGCAGCGUAAUUGGUCAUGGCUAUACUGGAUGGCUCGGGACGGCUCUUACGGAUCUGUCACUGGUAGUAGAAGAUUUCAAAGUCCUUUCCUUAAUAGUUUCCGCCGCGACAGCAAUGGGAAAGUCAUUAGUUGGUAUUGUGAUAGGCACAGUUGUAGGACUUGGCGAAGUCCUCUUGCGUGACCUUAACGCCCCAGGUCAAGUUGAGGAGGAGGGUCUCUACCAAGUUCCUCUUGCCACGGCAGACUCUACUAGAAAUGGACCUCGGAAUUUUAUCUUGGAUACUGCAAAUUCGGUCAACGCGAAUGGCUCGCGAAAGUAUCAUCUCGAUAUUCGUCUAAACACCCUAGUAACAAAGAUUCGUUUCACCCAAAAUGGAACUACGCCCAAGGCUGUUGGAGUGGAUUUUCUCGAUGGUCAGAGUCUCUAUCGCGCAGACCUUCGAGCAAACAAUACCUUUCUUCAAACCAUGCCAGACCCGUGCCUUACGCGAUGGAUCAAUGGUGUCACGCCCGCACUUAAAGGAGCAUACGCAACGAAUGGAAUUGCCAUUGCGGUUAUCAAAAAGUCUUCCGUAGCUAUUGAUGACCCUGAUCUUUUGAUAUCCGGUGUGCCGGCAUACUUUCCUGGCUAUUUCCCUGGCUACUCAAAUUUCGCUGUCAAAGAUGCACGCCACUGGUCCUGGAUCGUUCUGAAGGCUCACUCCCGAAACAAUGCAGGGACCGUUAAGCUACACUCCACAGAUCCUCGAGAUGUCCCAAUCAUUAACUUUAACUCUUUUGAAACUGGUGUUACAGCAGAUGAUGCAGCCGAGAAAGACCUGCAAGCUGUGUACGAAGGAAUUGAAUAUGCUCGUGAAGCUUUCAAAGUCCUUAUUCCUCUCGAUGGUUCAUUCUCCGAAGUCUGGCCUGGCCCAAACGUGACAACAGAAACGGAGAUGAAGGACUUCUUGAAGGCCGAAGCGUGGGGUCAUCAUGCAAGUUGCACUUGCCCAAUUGGCGCAGAUGAUGAUACGAUGGCGGUACUGGACUCGAAAUUCAGAGUUCGGGGAGUUCAGGGGCUAAGGGUUGUGGAUGCGAGUGUUUUCCCUAAAAUUCCUGGAUUUUUUAUAGUGUUGCCAAUCUACAUCAUCAGCGAGAAAGCGGCGGAUGUAAUUAUUCAAGAUGCUGCUUGA